AUGCAGGCGAAAUAUGAUAUUCAAGAUUACGAUUUCUACAACUUCGACGAAACCGGCUUUAUGAUGGGACAAGUUCAUCUUUCCAAUUGGUAUACCGAAAUCGAUUUUCCUACGGAUUGGACUAUUAAAUCUAUUUCUAAUGAAUGA